CUGCUCUUCGACGCCCAUAUUCUGUCCUUCAUCCCUACAAUUUGUCUUUAAGCCUUGAAUAGCUCGACUCUUUUCGCCCAUUUCCCUCCGUUUAAAACCGCAAUACCCGGAAAUGCAGAACCCUCAAGCUGACCAGACGCCUGUAGAGGUAGACACCGCCGAAGAGUCUGAUGAUCUCCACGAGGUGUCCUCUCUGGCUUCGUUGCGCUCGAGCAUCCUUGAGCAUCAAGCCGAAAAUGGCCGGACUUACCACUCCAUGAGUGCUGGAAAGUACAGUUAUCCAAAUGACGAGCGAGAGAGCGACCGCCUAGAUUUGCAACACCGCAUCUGGAUAAUUUGCCUCAAGGGCGAGUUGGCAAUCUCGCCAGGCCACAAAACAGCCAAGCGUGUGCUAGAUAUGGGUACCGGAACAGGUAUCUGGGCGAUUGACUAUGCGGACGACCAUCCGUCGGCCGAGGUCAUCGGCGUUGAUCUUAGCCCCAUUCAGCCUGAGUGGGCCCCCCCGAACUGUGUAUUCGAGCUGGACGAUUUGGAGAAGAGCUGGACUUGGAACAAGCCCUUUGACUUCAUCUACUGUCGGGCCAUGGAGGGUUGCUUUUUGAACGGGCCAAAGAUGGUCAAAAAGAUCUACCAGGCCUUGACGCCGGGUGGUUACCUUGAGGUCGGAGGACUAGAGCUCCCGCUGGGGUGCGAUGACGACAGCGUACCCAAGGACUCGUCCCUAUGGCAAUGGCACACGCUUCUUCAGGAGGCUGCCGAGAAGAUCGGGCGGCCCCUAGAGGGGCUGGGGAAGGAGACGGAGGCCAUGAAGGAUGCCGGCUUUGUCGACAUCACGCGCAAGGACUUCGUCUGGCCGCUGAACUCGUGGCCGGCGGACCCGCAUCUGAAGGAGCUUGGUGAUUGGCAUCGUGCCAAUCUCGACAUGGGAAUUGAGGGGCUUUCCAUGGGACUGCUCACUCGUGUCCUGGACUGGACCAGGGAGGAGGUUUUGGCGCUCUGUGCUGGUGUUCGGAGAGAUCUGCGGAACAGAAGAAUGCAUGCGUACUGGAAGAUUCAUGUCGUCUACGCCCGGAAGCCAGAGAAGACGGAGGAGUUGGAAGAGUCAAAGGAGUCGGAGGGUGAGGCCGCGGAAGAGGCUGCAAACUGAUUGAAACUUUGCCGGUUCUCGGCCAUGCCGAAGCGUCUUCGCUGCCACUACUUUCUCCCUAGAGGCAUCCCGAACCUGUCUUGGUAGACUUGUCUGAUUUCCCUGGCUACUCAAGGAGAGGAGUCAUGCAUAUGUCUACGGAGAUGCUAGAGAAUUCGAUGAUUGAACGGCGGUAACAGCAACUGGAAUGGCAGAACGGUUUGCCUCGUGUGAACUAAUGUUCAGUUUCUCCCAACCACUUGUCCGUCUGCCGCCUCA